GCAACUGCCCGCACCACAUCUCUGGCACUACGCUUUAACGAACGAAAUGUCCACCAUGCAGGCUGUUGUCUUCCAAGGUCCUCUCAAGGUCGCUCUAGAACAGCGGCCCGUCCCACAAAUCCAGGAACCCACCGACGUCAUCGUCAAAGUGCGCUAUACGGCACUAUGCGGCAGUGAACUCCACGUCUUCCGCGGCCACCAGCCGUCCGGCACGGGCUUCAUCAUGGGCCAUGAAUUCACCGGCGAAGUCGUCGAAGUCGGCUCCGCGGUCCGCGGCUUCAAAGUGGGAGACCUUGUCGUCUCCCCGUUCACCGUCAACUGCGGCGAGUGCUUUUACUGUGCCCGGAAAUGCUCUUCACGCUGCGCAAAGGGCAAGCUGUACGGCUCCGCGAUGUUGGACGGCGGACAGGCGGACUACGCGCGCGUGCCGUCCGCGGAUUCGACCCUCGUCGCGGCUCCCGCGGCCGUGGAUGAGAAGAAACUCGUCCUGAUGGCGGAUAUCCUGCCGACGGGGUUCUUCGCGGCCCGGAAUGCGUUCAAGGGGAUGGACCAGGCGACGAUUGAAGAGAGUACGGUCUUGUUGUUUGGGUGUGGGCCCGUGGGGCUUUGUGCGUUGAUCAGCGCGCUGGAUUAUCGCCCUAAGCAUUUGAUUGCUGUUGAUAGUGUUCCGUCGCGGUUGGAGUUGGCGAAGAGUCUGGGGGCUGAGCCAUGGAAUUUCCAGACUGAUGCGGAGGGUCUGAAGCAGCGCGUCAAGGAUCUUACGGAGGGUCGCGGGGCUGAUGUGGCGAUUGAAGUCGUGGGGCAUAGCGAUGCUUUGCGUAUGGCCUUUGACAAUUUGCGGCCGUGGGGUCGCAUCUCGAGUAUUGGUGUGCAUAACGGGGAGAUCCCCUGGACUGGCAAUGAGGCGUACGGGAAGAAUCUGCAGAUCCAGAUGGGACGGUGUCCUGUUCGCAGUAUCUUUGAGGAUGCUUUGGAGUUGCUGGUUCGGAAGCAGGGCUCUUUGGAAUUCAUGGUUGGCGAUAUUCGGCCGUUGUCGCAGGCGAUUCAGGCGUACGAUGAUUUCAACCAGAUGAAGUCGCAGAAGAUCAUAUUUGAAGCGGGCAAAUAGAUUCUGAAAGUCAAGUCCCAAAGGCUUUGAACUGGUUGCUUUUUAGUUGAAUAGCCCACUCGCAAAGACAUCCUGGUUACGGAAUGAUUGAUAUACCAAUGCAAUGUACUUGAUAUUUGGCAGUCUCUCGUCCAGUAGUACCAAUAGUGUGGCAGAUCAGUAAGGAAAUUGAAUAGAUAUCGCUCGUUAGGCCAUGGCUGUUAAUGCUAUUAGAUUGUGAUGCAGACGAGGGUAAAUACCCCGGUCAGAUGUGAAGUGGCUUUUUAACUCAUUGACCGUUAUGGACUACCAGUACUACUUACAUAAAA